UAUUACUUCUCUUAACCCCUUAAAGUCGGUAAAUUAUCAAAUAUUUAAUCAUAAUGUUUCUCAAAAUAAAAAUACCGCCGAGCAAAGCCAAUCUAACGUUAACGCACUAGCUGCAUCGCAGGAUGAUACGAUGUCAUUUACUCCAGAGGACUUGUUCAAUAAUGCUCAAAUUUUUGUUUCUAAACUAAAUCAGCGAGAAAUAUCUGAAGAAGACAAAGAAAAUAUUAUUUCACUCAAAACCGUUUCAUCGCAAAAAACUACGUGUACUUUAGAUAUAAUGACCGAUGAUUCUAUCACCGAUAAUAAUUAUCUCGUGGCUUCCCCUUGUGUUUCCAUAAAGAGGGAAACUAAACCACUCGUUUUAAUUACGUCGGGACUUGCAGCUACUGAAUCGGAGGUGAUUCAUAAAUUUUUGGGAUUCUUCAAUGCUACCCUCUUGCCAAAAUAUAGCGAUGACGUCACUCAUGUCAUCGUAAAGACAGACGAAAAUUUGAAAUGCGAAAGGACCUUAAAAUAUUUCUUGGGAGUGGCCGGUAAAAAAUGGGUCAUGUCAAUGGAAUGGGCUAGAUCAUGUUUAUCGGCUAUGAAAAUCAUUGACGAAGAAUAUUUUGAAGUAAGGGGUGAUACCUUGACGGAAACGGACACGUUAGCUCCCAAGAUUUCCAGAUUAUCCGGAUCUCAUCUUAGAUUAAAUUCGACUCUAUCCGUCGAAAGGGAAAACUUGCUAUCUCGUUUCCAAAUAUGUUGUUUCGGAAAUUUCACGGUUGACCUUCCGUGCGAUGAUCUAAAACGCUUAAUAGCUCUGUGCGGAGCUAGAUUAGUUAAUUCGCCUUCAUUUUUUAAAUUGAAUGGUUUAAAAAAUACGCAAAAUAUGGUUAAAUGUGAUGGAAAAAAAAUAGCUGUAAUUGUUGCUCAGACAGAGGCCAACCCCCAACUAGAUGUCAAUAGAUACAAUGACUUUUAUAGACGUUACAAUGCUUUCCCAGUAGCCAGAGAAUGGAUUUUUGACUGUGUAGCUCUUUACGAUGUUGUGCCAUUGGUUCAUUAUCUACAUUGUCAGCGUGAUAUUCUAAAAUACCCCGAUUUAAAUUAUGCAACUAAAAUGAAGGAAGAAUAG